CUCGGUUGCUGGACCGGCUGCUGUCACACGCGCUCCGCGCCCUGGCUCCGCUCGCCCCUGCCCUGCGCGCACCCUGGCGCACCGCGUGCACUCCCGCUCUUGGACUAAGCUCCGAACCUCCGUAGCUGCCGAAGCUGGGAGCAUCUCCCCGUCGCCGCAGCCAGCAAGCUCCUCCAUCCCCCAUCAGAGAGGCCACAUGGGCCCCGAGGUCACCUGCCCGUGGAGGGGCCACCUGCCUCGCUUCCAGGCGAGGACCUGGAUCGAGCCCGUAGUGGCCUCGUCCCAGGUGGCCGCCUCCCUCUACGACGCGGGACUGCUCCUCGUGUUGAAGGCGUCCUUCGGAGCCGGAGCCUCCUCCAACCACAGCGCCAGUCCAUCGCCCCGGGGGGCUCUAGAGGACCAGCAGCAGAGGGCCAUCUCCAAUUUCUACAUCAUCUACAACCUCGUGGUGGGCCUGACGCCCCUGCUGUCCGCCUAUGGGCUGGGCUGGCUCAGCGACCGCUACCACCGCAAGAUCUCCAUCUGCGUGUCGCUGCUGGGCUUCCUGCUCUCCCGCCUGGGGCUGCUGCUCAAGGUGCUGCUGGACUGGCCGGUGGAGGUGCUGUUCGCGGCCGCGGCGCUGAACGGGCUCUGCGGCGGCUUCUCGGCCUUCUGGUCCGGAGUCAUGGCGCUGGGCUCCCUGGGCUCCUCCGAGGGCCGCCGCUCGGUGCGCCUCCUCCUUAUCGACCUGAUCCUGGGCUUGGCGGGGUUCUGUGGGAGCAUGGUGUCCGGGCAUCUUUUCACGCAGAUGGCGGGGCACUCCGGGCAGGGCCUGAUACUGACGGCCUGCAGCGUGAGCUGUGCCUCGUUUGCCCUCCUCUACAGCCUCUUGGUGCUGAAGGUGCCCGAGUCGGUGGCCAAGCCCAGCAAGGAGCUCCCCACCGUGGACACCGUGUCUGGCAUGGUGGGCACGUAUCGCACCCUGGAUCCUGAUCAGCUGGACAAGCAGAGUGUAGUGGGGCACCCUCCAUCUCCCAGGAAAGCAAAGCCCCAAAAGACUGUCAUCGCCCUGCUCUUUGCAGGUGCUAUCAUAUAUGACCUGGCAGUGGUGGGCACAGUGGACGUGAUGCCCCUUUUUGUGCUGAGGGAGCCUCUCAGUUGGAACCAAGUGCAGGUGGGCUAUGGUAUGGCUGCAGGGUACACCACCUUCAUCACCAGCUUCCUGGGUGUCCUUGUCUUCUCUCAUUGCUUCCGGGACACCACCAUGAUCAUGAUUGGGAUGGUCUCCUUUGGGUCAGGAGCACUCCUCUUGGCUUUUGUGAAAAAGACAUACAUGUUCUAUAUUGCUCGUGCUGUCAUGCUGUUCGCUCUCAUUCCCAUCACAACCAUCCGAUCAGCUAUGUCCAAACUCAUAAAGGACUCCUCUUAUGGAAAGAUGUUCGUCAUACUGCAACUGUCCCUGGCUCUGACCAGUGUGGUGACAUCCACCUUGUAUAAUAAGAUCUAUCAGCUCACCAUGGACAAGUUUGUGGGCACUUGUUUUGCUCUCUCCUCCUUUCUUUCCUUCCUGGCUAUCAUCCCAAUCAGCAUCGUGGCCUAUAAACAAGUCCCAUGGUCACAAUAUGGAGAUAUCACAGAGAAAUGAAGGUGCUGACCUGCAGGAGCUGAAAACAUCAGCCAUGGCCUGGCUCCCAGGAGACAAAAGAAGGGACCAGGGAACUGGUGAAUAAAGCAACUCACUGCCCAAGAAACUCAAGUUCCAGCCAGAACUGGCCUCAGAAUGACCUGCUCUGGCUCAGGGGUCCUUGGUGGGUGGAAAAAAGCACAUUCCUGGUGAUGGAAAACUUUCUCAGCUUUAAGAUGCCCCUAUUAUGCAGGGGUUAGGUUCCACAGGCAGCAGAGCAUGAACUCAAGGGUUAUAUGCAGACUGCACACAGCCAUCCCAAACCCUGUAAAACCCCAGGUACAGAGAGCCAGCCAGCCCCCUUUCUUCUAGGGUUGAGAGCUCCAAGGCAUGGCUAACUAGUUGCCUGGGUGCUGUGCUAGAAGUCCCACAGAAGAGCUCAAGCCAAAGCAUGCAUUUUCAACACCCUGAGGAAGAUGUGGAAGGAAUGUUUUGUAAGAACUGCCAUCUGUUUUAUACAAACAACAAUAUCAUUUAAAUUACAAUAAAGCCUUGAAAAAAGU